UGUUCUUUCGUCUUUCGUGAAUCAUGAAGUUAAAUUUUUGAUGGUUAUAUUUAUUACGUAUUCGUUUUUGAAAAUCGUGUUUUAACAUGGAAAAAGCUUAAUUUAAAAAAUUAUAUUUACUAUAACAAUAAUGGAUCCUUUAAUUACUGCAGAUUCCCAGCUUUUGCUUGGCAUCAAUGCGUUACUGGAGGCAGCUGGAGACAAGGACGAAGGUGUCCGUCUCUCUAUUAUCUCCUCCCUCUGUCGUCUCUCCAAGAAACAUCCCGGGGAGGUUUUGCGAUGCGCGUGUCUUUACUAUCAACAAAAUGUCAAGAUCACGAAUACUCAUUUCAUAGUGCUGCUGACAGCCAUGGAUAGGAUAUGUCACGAAAACAUCAUGAACCUGGAUGAAGUGACCGUAAAACAGCUGAUAGAGUUCGGAAUUGACGCAAUGACCAAGCAGAAAGAGUACGUUCCCGACGUUCAGUUGCCAGCCUCCAAUAUUCUAGUGUCUGUUGCCGAAAAAGAUAUAAAUCAGGUGAUGGAGAACAUAGUUAAAAAAUUUCAACCCAAAGUGGUGCCACACUAUGCAUUGAUUCACACUCUGGCCAACAUUGCCAUUGUAAAUGUGAAACUAUUCGUACCAUACAUCAAAGGAUUGCUGAGUGUUAUGAUUCCACUAUUCCCUAAUAUUCGCUACGAAAGUAUUCGUCAAGUUUUUGCAUUUGCACUUGGCAGAUUUUGUGAAGCCGUUCUAGAAUACUGGUCGACCUCAUCUACAAACAACUCUGAAACAGAAAACUCUAAUUUCUGUAAACAAGCGAUUGAAGACGAUAUUUUCAUCGCAUUCGACACAAUAUGCUCCAUGUGGAUACAAGCAAGGGAAUCGAAGAUAGUAGAGAGCUGUGUGGUGGCGCUUGGCCCGAUGUUCGCCGUGUUGAAGAAGGAGAAACUGGGCGACCAGACGAGUCGCCUCGUCAACCUGCUGCUCGGCCUCUAUCGCAAAGGCUCGGUCGUCUCCAACUAUGUUGUCACACAGUGCUUGGCGCAUGCGCUGUUCGUGGCGCCGUCCUCGUCGCUAGAGGUGCACGUCGACGUUCUACUGCAGUGUCUCGGAUCCAUGGUGAUCAUUAUUCCAGAUUACAAAAACCCUCAAACUGUGAAGAACCAUAGUGAGGUGCUACGAUGCUAUGAUAGAAUAGCCAAUCAUUUCCGAGACCGUCUGACCGAUCACCUGCUGAGAAAUCUGAACAACAACUCCGACCGAGACAGGGUGGAGGGCUUAAUAGUGACCGCCCACCUCCUGUCGGGCACUGAAAAUGCUCUCCUGCCUCGGCUGCCUGAUAUUGUGACUGCGCUGCGGUCGCUCAUCCCCAAUCAGUCCAUGAAGGUGAAGAAAGCUCUGUUGAAGGCUAUAGUGGCUCUAAUGUGCAGAGGCAAUGUCGACAACUGUUCCGAUUUCAUAGAAUUUAUAGUGAAACAUUGUUGUCCUCCUACAAAUCAGAACGCGAAGUGGGACGACUCGAGCGAAGACCUGCUGUCGAUGUGUGCGAGCACAGUGUUCCUGUUGUGCAGCACGGUGGCGGGCGUAGAGCGGCUGAUGUGGAGCGUGCUGCAACGGCUGCUUCUGUUGCCCGAGUAUGAGCCAGCGUGCACCACUGUGGCCAAGUCGCUGGCGCACCUCGCUGCAAAGAUCGACCAUGACAAAACGCCUGAUGAAAAUGCUGGUAAUGAAGUGCCCGAACCACAGGAAAUGAUAGUUCGAAUUUUGGCGCUUCUCGGGUCACCACUUCACGGCAAUAGGGGACCGCAUCUCCUCAAUUUCCUGAUGCAUUUUUCCACAAAAAUCAACGACAAGGUCAAGUCGAUAUGGGACUUCAAAAUUCCGCAACUAGUGAACUAUUUGGAAGUGUCGGAAUGGUCGGAAGACGAGUGGGACUCUCUGCUGCUGGAGUUUGUGGCGUCGACGUUCAAGAGCAUCGAUGACGCAGCCUGGAUGUCCAAGAUGGCCGACCAGCUGACCGGGCAGCUCAAACUGCUGACUCAGCACUCGCAGCACUCUGUGGACGAGCGGGCCACCGUGCUCAAGUGUCUCGCUCUCUUUCUCUGCAACGUGCCCGACAAAGAGAUGGCCAGCUCCAAUAUCGAUGUCAUCUUCUCGCCGCUCAAGAGUUUCAGUCUCACCGAUUCCAAGGCAUGCGCGCAAGCGACAGGAAUAGUGUCGCGCGUGCACCUGGAGCUGGUGCUGGCGCGACUGGAGUCGCUGGCGGCCAGCGAGCUGAACAAGCGCUCGUCGCGACUACUCGGCCUGAUGAAGGACGCGCGCACCGACGCACAGGUGGAGUGCGCGCGCAUCACACUGUUGCGUUGCUACGCGCAGGUGGCCGCGCACGCCGAGCCGGCACGCUUCCUCGCGCGGUGCGAGCCCACCAUCAUGCAGUGGCUCAUCAAGCAGCUCAACUACGCCAAGGAGGGUCACGCACGUGAUGCGGCCCUGCAGAUGCUGUGCAGCAUAGCCGAUGCAUUGGACCGCAACAAAGAUGUCUACAAAGAGCAGCUGAAGAGCAGGGGCGAUCUGCUCAACAUUCUGCACAACAGGAUCGACAGCAACCCCUCGCCCCCCGACUCACUCCUGCUCAGAGCCACUGCGUCCCUAGUUAAACUCCCCCCACCACUUGGAUCGGAAGCCAGAAGCAAACUUCUCAAAUCGGCUUUUGACAAGGUCCUACCGGCAGACUGCGGAUCCAACCCCGACGAAAGGGUGUUACUCACUCAGCACACUGUUCUAUAUCUAGGCAAACUAGUGGAGGAAGUGCUACUGUCGUCGGUGACUCCGGCUAACCUGGAUGACAUAGCCUGCCUGCUGGAGCCAUGGCUGGUGCAGGCCAACAUCCAGCAGAGGAUAGCCGCGGUCACCACCCUCAAGACGGCCCUCUUCACCUAUCUGCACAACAUGCGCUUCACCUACGAUGCACCAAGCAAGUUCGCGCAGUCUGGUCAAAUGCUGGGAAAAAUAGUCGUAAGAUGCAUGGACCAGGAAGUUGAAGUGAGAAAGCUGGCUCUGCACUGUGCCCGUCUCAUUCUGUUGAUCACUGCAAAAUAUGAAGGCUUGGCAGCUGGAUCCGAUUGCGAUAUAGAAGAGAAGUUUCAGAGCAUAGCUGCACCUGAUGGCAAGAAAAUUUCUGAAGAGUUGGCUCAAAUAGUUGCUGCCAAGCUGCCACAUUUUCAGCUGAAUCAUUUCACAGUGAGCUUGUUGGAUGGGCUGACCGACCAUGAGUAUUGCACCGCCUUGGGCGUGGCCGAAUUCCUGGUCAGUUUCCUCAGAAGGAAAGGCGGCGAACUGUAUCAUCAUAUUAGUGAAAUAAUUGAUGGUAUCCUGUACCAGAUAGGACAAGUGAAUAGCAACAUAAAGGCGAUCGCGGUGAACGCUGUUUUGGAGCUGGCAAAGCAUCAUCCAAAGGGCGUCAUCUCGACGCUUCUAAGUCAAGCCUUGCCCUUCAGUCAGGGCGUGUGCCAGUGCUGGAGAAUCCUGGCCAACGACUUGAGCCUGGCCGCAGACGUGUUGGACAAGUUUCUGCGGCUGGGAUCGACGACACCGUUGACAGAGGACGACACGGCUCGCAGUCCCAACUCCUCCCGGCCCCCAAUAGCCACCUUGCUACCGCUGGCCGCCAUUUGUGCGCUGAGGGAAAUGUUCUUGAUAACAGGAAUGCGUGACUUGGCCAUCAGUCGAUUCCCGGAAGUGUUCACUCUGUACCUCAACAUUCUUGUCACCUACAUUGGCGUCUCACCUCCCAUAAAUACACCAUCAUUUGCCGGCAAGGCCAAAUUCAUCCCUAACAGAGAGGCCUACAAACUCAAUCCCGCUGGUGUGGUGAAAGAGUCGUUCUUCUCAUUCUUGACCAGUGCCAAUUGUGGAUCAGCGGCCGAUUCUCUCAUGCUUAUGACCAAUCUAUUAUAUGAGGAAAAUUAUGACAGUUUCCUCAGUAUGAUGCCAUCACUUACAAGGAGUGUUUGUGGGUCAUUGGGUCAUCUACUACCAAAAAUUCUAACCUGUCUCUCACCGUAUUACAAUUCAUCCGUCGAUGCUCAGAGGAUUGCAUUCAUGUCAUUUCAUGCUGAGGUUUUAGGAUUGCAAUGUGCUAGUCAACCUGCCCUGAUUGAUAAUGUGGUGUCAACACUGAAGAACGGUAUGACUGACCCCUCACCUCAUGUGCGCAGGCUUAGCCUGAAAGGACUUGCCUACAUUUCCAACUUGGAUCCUGAUCAGAGGGAGAGGCACUGCGAAAUAGUGUUGACGGCUCUGAUAGACGGGCUGGACGAUCACGAAACCAUCAACCACAGUGAGCUGGCCCUGCAGGCGAUGACCGGCCUGUCGCAGGUGCUGCCCACCGUUCAGCAGGCAGACAUACAGAACCAUCAGGUGGCCAUCGCGCUCAGAAUUAAACCCUAUUUCGAAAAGGAGUCGUGCGUGUGGCUGCGCAUGAGCUCGCUGCGCCUGCUGGGAGAGUUGGCGCAGUGGAGUGGCGCAGGCGCAGUGGACUCGAUGCCCGCCUUCCAGGAGCAGGUGCGCUCCAACCUGGUCUGCCUGCUUAUGCAUCUCUCAGAGGCCGACACUUCUGUUGUCAAAGCAUGUAAGUUCACGCUAAGAAACAUGAGCGGCCUGCUAGAGGCUGAAAAGGUAGCUGCCAUGUUGACCGAACAUUUGAUAGAUGAAGCAACACUACAGUAUCAGGAAUUCCUUAUCGCUCUCAGCAAACUGCUUAUUGAGGAGAUGCCUGACCAGGUGCCCACAAUGGUUCUCAGUGCACUCCCCUACAGCAAGAGUGCUUGGCCGGAAAUCAGGGGAAACUCUGCACUUUUUAUAAGUUUAAUGUACAGCAACUCUCCGCAGAAUAUAAGAGAUCACAUGUCGCUGGACUCAAUCACAAACAGGCUUACGCAGUUGAUUAAAGAUUCUGAAAAAGAUGUCAGAUCCAAAGCUUCCAACGGACUUUCAAUAUUAUUUGUGCCUUAAUUAAAUCUUAUUCAAUCGCUUCAGUGUGAAUAUUUCCCAGAACGAAUUGUAAAUAUUAUUGUAUUUAUAUUGAUGUGAUAAUAAUUGUAAUAUAUCAUCGUAUAAUAUAAAGAAGAAUUUUUUUCUAUAUAGUCCAAGAAAUUAGAUGCUGUCAAGUUUUUGAGGUAAUGUUUUUAAAAAUUUAUAUACCGUAUAUUUAUUUUUGCAUGAAUUUAGAGUACAAUAAUUAGCAUUAAAGUGCCAAAAAACAUUUUCAAACUUUAAGUAGAUUAAAUUAUUGUAUAUUUAAAUUUGUUUUAGGCCUAUACACUAGGUUAUGGUAAUGUGUAUUGCCCAUUCAUUUUCCAAAUGAAAUUACAUUAUUAUGGAUGAAGCGUGUAUAAUAUCAAAAACGUAUUGUAAUUUUAUGAACUUGCUGAGCUGUACCCCUGUUUAUUUUGUUACUCGUAUGAAAUAUAUUUUAUAAUCAAUGAGCAUAA